CCUGAGAACACCGAGCGAAUCAAACCCAGAAGCACGAAGACCAGGAUCCGAGAUGUCGAGACGGAAACAGGCCAAGCCGAGAUCCGUCAAAGCGGUAGAAGAAGGGGAGUCUUCAGAGUGUGGAGGCACCUGGGAUGAAUCAACUGUCCAGACAGACGUCCCAGCCUCUGAGCGAGAGUCCGAGCUGAAGGACGGCCACGGCCCGGGCGCUGAAGACGGAGAACCAGACGACCACGAAGAUCGAGAUCAGGACGACGACCUGGACGACGAGUCCAUCUUCACCUGCGACAACUGUCAGCAGGACUUCGAGUGUCUGGCCGAGCUCAGUGACCACAGAACCAACCACUGCCCAGCAGACGGCGAUGACGACCCAGCAGGACUGUCCUGGGUGCCGUCCUCGCCCUCCAGCAAAGACGUGGCCUCGCCGUCUCAGAUGCCCGACGGCUGCUGCGACCUCGGCAUGGCCACCGGCGGCGAGGAGGAAGGAGGCGCCGGGCUGCCGUACCCCUGCCAGUUCUGUGACAAGUCCUUCAGUCGCCUGAGCUACCUGAAGCGCCACGAGCAGAUCCACAGCGACAAGCUGCCGUUCAAGUGCACCUUCUGCAGCCGCCUGUUCAAACACAAGAGGAGCCGAGACCGACACGUCAAGCUCCACACAGGAGACAAGAAGUACAGUUGUCAGGAGUGUGAAGCUGCGUUCUCUCGCUCCGAUCACCUGAAGAUCCACCUCAAGACCCACAGGUCACUGCCUCUCUUCUCCUCAGCAUGACAUCUGCUCUUAAAUGUCUCCAGCAAACCUUUCAAGUGCAGCGUGUGCAAGCGCGGCUUCUCCUCCACCUCGUCGCUGCAGAGCCACAUGCAGGCUCACCGCAAGAACAGAGAGCAUCUCGCCCUGCGGAGCGAGAGGGACGGAGGGAAGAAGGGAGGCGUGGACAUCGACCUGGACCAGGACCUGUACAUGUGUGAUUACUGUGAGGAGACGUUCAGCCAGACGGACGAGCUGGAGAAACACGUCCUGACCCGACACCCGCAGCUGUCGGACCGAGCCGACCUGCAGUGCAUCCACUGUCCGGAGAUCUUCCUCGAUGAGGCGUCUCUCCUCACGCACAUCGAAACGCAGCACGCCAACCGCAAACACAAAUGUCCCGUGUGUUCGGAGCAGUUCCCGUCUGUGGAGGACGUCUACUGCCACCUGGACAGCCACCGCCAGCCGGACUCCUCCAAUCACAGCGCUGCCAGUCCCGACCCGGCGCUGGGCAGCGUGGCGUCGAUGAGCUCGGCCACGCCGGACUCCAGCGCCAGCCUGGAGAGAGGCUCCACCCCCGACUCCACGCUCAAACCCAUCCAGGGCAGCGAGCGAGCGCGGAGGAGAGUCGGCGACACGGUGGAGGAGAUCGGGAUCAGCCUGCUUCAUCAAGUCGGAGGCGGAGGAGGGAGCUGGAGCAAAUUAACGUACUCUUGCCCUUACUGCUCGAAGAGAGACUUCCACAGCCUGGCGGUGCUGGAGAUCCAUCUGAAGACCAUCCAUGCAGACAAGCCUCAGCAGAGCCACACGUGUCAGCUCUGCCUGGACACGCUGCCGACGCUCUACAACCUCAACGAACACGUGCGUAAGGCUCACCGGGCCGGCGGCGGCGGCAACACGGCGCCGGCAGCGUUUCCUCUGCUGCAGUUCACCAACGUCACGGCGUUCCACUGCAACUACUGUCCCGACAUGUUCGGGGACAUCAACUCCCUGCAAGAGCACAUCCGGGUGUCCCACUGCCUGCCGGGGGGGAUCGUGGCAGGGUCCACCACUUUAGAAGGGAACCACGCCUUCUUCUGCAACCAGUGCUCCAUGGGCUUCCUGACCGAAUCGUCCCUGACGGAGCACAUCCAGCAGACCCACUGUUCCUCAGCCAUGGGGGGCGGAGGAGGGUCCGGAGGGUCCGUGGCCAAACUGGAGUCUCCCGUCCUGCAGGCGGCGUCGCAGUCCUUCAUGGAGGUCUACUCCUGCCCGUACUGCACCAACUCUCCCAUCUUCGGCUCGCUCCUGAAGCUCACCAAGCACAUCAAGGAGAACCACAAGAACAUCCCGCUCGCCAACAACAAGCGGCAGGCCAAGGUCGCCGACUUGAGCCCCGCCUCCUCGGACGUGGAGAUCUCCUCCCCGAAGCGCCACCGGCUCGGGGGGGACUCCACCCCCUCCAUGGGGAGCAACGGGGACUACCCGUGCAACCAGUGCGACCUGCGCUUCUCCAGCUUCGAUGGUUUCCAGGCCCACCUGAAGUCCCACCUGGAGAUGCUGCUGCGGCGCCAGUCCUGCCCCCAGUGCAACAAGGAGGACUUUGAAUCCCAGGAUGCAUUGCUUCAGCACCUGACCGUGCACUACACCACCACCUCCACCCAGUACGUGUGCGAGAGCUGCGAUAAACAGUUCUCCUCGGUGGACGACCUGCAGAAACACCUGCUGGACAUGCACACGUUCGUGCUCUAUCACUGCACGCUCUGCCAGGAGGUCUUCGACUCCAAGGUCUCCAUACAGGUGCAUUUGGCCGUGAAGCACAGCAACGAGAAGAAGCUGUUCCGCUGCACGGCCUGUGCCUGGGACUUCAGGAAAGAGGCAGAUCUUCAGAUCCACGUCAAGCAUAACCACCUGGGUCAGAGGUCAGGCCUCCCGGGGGGGCUCGGAGCAGGACUCAAACCCCGAAAGUGCAUCUUCUGCGGUGAGACCUUCGGGACGGAGGUGGAGCUCCAGUGUCACAUCACCACGCACAGCAAGAAGUUCACGUGUCGCUUCUGCGGCAAAGCUUUCCACGCCAUCUCCCUGCUGGAGCGACACCUGAGGGAGAAGCACUGCGUCUUCGAGGGCGGCACCAUCACCGGGAACGGCGGCGGCACCGGGAGCAGCAGCAGCCAGAACGGGACGCCCAACGGCCUGGCCCACUCCUCCAAGAGAGGAGGAGGAGGAGUCAGUGGAGGAGGAGGAGGAGUCAGUGGAGGCAACGGAGGCGCAGCAGGUGUGGAGAGAGGAACGGUGGCGGCGGAACAAGCCGACCUGCAGAACAUGGUGCUGAAGAGCGGAGGAGCGGCCGGAGGCGGAGACACGGUGAACAGCCACGAGGCGAGCGGGGGGGAGGAGGAGCUGGACAACUCGGAGCCCAUGUACGCCUGUGACAUCUGCGGAGCGGCGUACACCAUGGAGUCGCUCCUGCAGAACCACCGGCUGCGUGACCACAACAUCCGACCGGGAGACGACGACGCCAGUUCUCGGAAGAAGAAGGCGGACUUCAUCAAAGGGAACCACAAGUGCAACGUGUGUUCCAGAACCUUCUUCUCGGAGAGCGGCCUGCGUGAGCACGCCCAGACGCACCGCGGCCCGGCCAAACACUACAUGUGUCCGAUCUGCGGCGAGCGCUUCCCCUCGCUGCUGACCCUCACCGAACACAAGGUGACCCACAGUAAGAGCCUGGACACAGGAACCUGUCGGAUCUGUAAGAUGCCCCUGCAGAGUGAGGAGGAGUUCAUAGAGCACUGCCAGAUGCAUCCCGACCUCCGGAACUCCCUCACCGGCUUCCGCUGUGUCGUGUGCAUGCAGACCGUCACCUCCACCCUGGAGCUGAAGAUCCACGGCACCUUCCACAUGCAGAAGCUCUCCAGUGGCUCCACGAUGGGAGGAGGAGGAGGAGGAGGUGGAAACGGGACAGGAGGAGGUGUAGCAGGAGCAGGAGGAGGAGGAGGAGGAGGGAACGGCUCGGCCUCUUCGUCCCCUAACGGGCAGCUGCAGCAGCACAAGCUGUAUAAAUGCGCCUUUUGCCUAAAGGAGUUCAAGAACAAAGGGGAGCUGGUGAAGCUGGAUGUCAACGGGCUGCCUUAUGGCCUCUGUGCAGGCUGCAUGAACAGGGGCACGAACGGCCAGAGUCCGAACCAGGGAGGAGCCGGGACGCCCGGGGACCUGCAGGCGGAGAAGAGCCUGGUCGGGCUGAGGUGUCCGGAGUGUGGAGUGAAGUUUGAAACCUUGGACGACCUGGAGAGUCACGUCCAGACGGAUCACCCCGAGGUCAGCCCGGAGACCAGCGCCACAGGGAAGAAGUCCGAGGCUUCACCCGUACCCAAGAAAAAGACGUAUCAGUGUAUUAAAUGCCAAAUGACGUUUGAGACGGAGCGAGAGAUCCAGAUUCACGUCGCCAAUCACAUGAUCGAAGAGCCCACCUGUCGGCAAGAGGAGGGCAUCAAUCACGAGUGCAAGCUGUGUAACCAGAUGUUUGACUCACCUGCCAAGCUGCUCUGCCACCUGAUAGAGCACAGCUUCGAAGGCAUGGGAGGAACCUUCAAGUGUCCCGUCUGCUUCACAGUGUUUGUUCAGGCCAACAAGCUCCAGCAGCACAUCUUUGCCGUCCACGGACAGGAAGACAAAAUCUACGACUGUUCCCAGUGUCCGCAGAAGUUCUUCUUCCAGACAGAACUACAGAACCACACACUGAGUCAGCACGCGCAGUGAGACCGAGGCCCGGCAGGAUCUCUGGGCUCAGCCGGGACCCCCGACCCGGCGCCGGCAGGGGACCCCCAUCUCCACAUCACAGCCAAUCAAAGUGUCAUUUGCUACUCACAUGUAAAACUCUAACGAUCGCGCCACUGGGCGCGGCUAUUAGAAGCAGCGGGAGAAAGGAAUAUUAAUGGGAAAUGCUAUUAAAUAAAGAAAGGAAAAAGUGGGUAAGAGAACCGGUAAGAGCUAGAUGAAGGAAA